AUGCAGUUCACACAAGAUGUGUACUAUCCUGAACAAGGGGAAGAAUGGGAACGCAGAAAGCCAGUGGACGUGGGUAUGGACGCUGAUUCCCUCAACGAAGCGGUUCACUAUGCCCAGACGAUUGAAACCGCAUGGCCUCGUAAACUGCGGCUGCACUACACCGAGAAUGAAAGGGGAGAAUCCCACCCCGAGGUCAUCGGACCGAUAAAAGACCGGGGCGCGACCAACGGGCUUAUCUUACGGCACGGCUACAUCGUCGCUGAGUGGGGCGAGACGCAGCGCGUCGAUAUGACGUUCAGUAUCAGCAAGAGCUAUCUAUCCACGAUGGCAGGGCUAGCACUAGACCGCGAACUGAUUCGAGACGUACAUCACCCCGUCCGGGACUAUGUAAACGAUGGUGGGUUCGAUUCACCACAUAACGCUCAAAUUACUUGGCACCAUUUGCUCCAACAGACGAGCGAGUGGGAGGGGACGCUAUGGGACAAACCCCACUAUGCCGACGGUCAAGGAGAGCAAGGUCCUGACAGCCCGCUUCAAGCACCCGGCAGCGUCUUUGCUUACAAUGAUGUUCGUGUCAACCGACUGGCACUCUCCCUGCUGCGUAUCUGGCGCAAGCCGCUGCCACAGUUGCUAAAAGACAACGUGAUGGAUCCCAUUGGUGCUUCCAACAGUUGGCGAUGGCAUGGCUACCGGAAUUCGUGGCUGACAAUUGAUGGACUGAAGAUGCAGUCGGUCAGUGGUGGCGGUCAUUGGGGCGGUGGGGUAUGGAUUAGCACCAGAGAUCACGCGCGGUUUGGUUAUCUGUUCCUGCGCCGUGGCCGCUGGGGGGAACGACAGAUACUUUCUGAGCGAUGGAUAGAUUUAGCGACCACCCCGUGUCCGGUUGAACCGGAUUAUGGCUAUAUGUGGUGGCUCAAUACGGACAGACAACUUUUCCCAAAUGCACCGGAGACCAGUUUCUAUGCCCUAGGUGCUGGGCGGAACGUGAUCUGGAUCGAACCGGAAAACGAUUUGGUGGUUGUGGUGCGGUGGAUAGAUACAGACCGUGCUGACAAAUUGAUGAAACGUGUGUUGGCGGCGGUUCGCUAG